CCUAGGUUAAUGGAGAAAAGUCAUUAAUUUAGCAACUUUCAUUUGACCCGGGUUCAGCCAAAAAUAAUAGGUCAGAAGCAUUUGGGGGGUGAGUUCUGUGGGACCAUCUCCCCCAUAACACUUUGAAGAAGGGCCUGAACCUGUUACACUUGGCCUGUGCAAAAUCACCAUGAGUCGUUACAGUAAAGAGCAGGGUAAAAAUAUAUUAAUGUGAUUUGCAGGAAUAUCUGAUUAGACAUCUGGAAUUUUUUUGUUUGUGUAGGUGCCAUAGCGUUGAUCGGCCUUUAAGCUUCUUUCAAUAUGUUUACAUGAACUGGAUUCAAGAAGCUUAUAUUCUACUUGUAGAGGACCUCAGCAUUUGAGCAAGUGUUUUCAACUCGGGUUGAAUAGAAGGCAAGUUUACAGCAAAGGGUGCCUGGAACAGACAAGGGGCUGUGCCCUUGAAGAAAGCAAGAUGGAUAAGAAAGCAUUUGAGAUGGUGCUUGAUGAAAUUAGAAGGGCUGUAUUGAUGGAAUACAAAUUAAAAGCCAUUGAGUAUGUGCAUGGAUACUUUUCUAGUGAACAGGUUGUUGAGUUGCUGAGGUACUUCUCUUGGGCUGAACCACAAUUAAAGGCAAUGAAGGCAUUACAGCAUAAAAUGGUAGCUGUUUCUGCCUCAAAAGUGGUUAACAUCCUCAACUGUUUCACUUUUAGCAAAGACAAGCUUAUUGCACUAGAACUGUUGGCUUCCAAUAUUGUUGAUGCCCAGAAUUAUCGCCUUAUUGAAGACCUCUUCAAAAUUAGCCUGUCUGAGAAGAAGAGAUGCAGGAGAAUUCUCGAGCAGGCUUCCAAAGCAGGUUGCAAAGCACCUCAUGCAAUGAUCUCUUCCUGCGGCAUGAUCCCUGGAAACCCUUAUCCCAAGGGGAGGCCCAGCCGGAUCAACGGCGUUUUCCCGGGGUCACCUAUCAAAAAGGACAAUGAAGAGUAUACGAAUGAUGGCAAAGGAAUUGCAGCCCGUAUUCUUGGCCCAUCCAAACCAGCUCCAGCAACAUACAAUCCACACAAGCCUGUUCCUUAUCCUAUCCCUCCUUGCCGACCUCAUGCAACCAUUGCACCAAGUGCUUACAACAAUGCAGGUCUUGUUCCACUAGCCAAUGUCGUAGCUCCUGGCUUGCCAGCUCCACCACCGUAUACUCCUAGUCAUGUAGGAACAGGUAAAGCAGAAAAUGAAGAGAUUUCCAAUCAGGCAAAAUCUUCCCAGAGCCAAGCUUUUGCUACACAAACGAAUCAUCUCUUUACACCUCAUGGUUCUAACCCUGCUGCUACUUCAGCCUCUACCCCAUCACCUAUUAAGGCAAUAAGCCACUCAUCGACGCUAGCAUCUCCAGCUAUCCCAGGGAUAAGCAUGUCCACUCCUGUUCUUCCCGCCUUCCCUGGGCAGGUCAUCUCCUCUGUCCAUCCACCUCAGCCGUCGUCAACCCCUACCCCCACUGUUGUCAAAUCCCAUUCCUUGCCUAGUGUUCCUGCCACAUCCACCCAUUGUGCCACCUCUGCUUCCCUCCCUGCCACUUUCUCUGGGCUGUCUUCUAUGCUCCCUGCCGCAGCAGCCCCUCAAGGACUUUCCACACAGUGUGCCACUUCUGCACCUAACGAAGCCUUUGCAUCCGCCUCAGCAUCCGCCACCACCUCUACCAGUAACUCCAAUGCAUUGCCAUCUGCUUUCACUGGCCUUCCUUUGUCCUUGACUCCCACUCCACAGGGAAUAGCUAGUCCCAUUCCCUCUGCCAUUGCUGGUUCUCCUGCCACUAGCCUCCCCUGUCCUCUUAACUUGCCAAACCCACUUCUGUCAGUCUUGAAGGGGUUUCUGUCAGUAAACGAUAGCUCCGCAAUGAGCUCAACAGUUUUGCCUUCUGCUGUGACUGCUGAGCUUGCUUCUUUAUCCAGUCUUACAAGCCAGAACUCUGAAGCCUCCUCUACAUCUGGUAACAAAUGUUACACUCCAACUGCACCCUCAGCCCUUCAGCAUCCUUCCACUCCAGGACUGGCCCUUUUCCCUGGGCUCCCACCUCAGUCUGCAGCUAGCAACAGUGCAGUCCCGCCUGCAUUACUAACACAGUCUCCCUUGGCCACGUUACCAUCCUCCAUUAUUCCUGUCAGUGGUGCCUCCUCAGUUUCUCUUUCCCAUUGUACAAGCCCUGCUAAUCCUGAACAACACAUUUCAUCCACCCUGACGGCUCCAGCCCUUCCAGCUCUGGUCAAAACCGAACCAACCAGCCCAACUCUUUCAGGUUUCAAAGGCCCUUUGCAUUCCACUGGGCCUUCUCACAGCACUUCCUGUUUAUCGGCAGCACUUGGGCAUGUGUAUACCUCCACUAGUUCCUUGCCGGUCAGCCUCCCUAGUUCCCUAAACCCAGCGCUCUCCAGCCUCUCCUCCUUGAGCGCUCCUCUGAACAGCUCCCCUUCCAUUGCUCCCCAUGGCUCAUCUGCUCCAAUGGCUCCUGUGUAUAAUGCAUUGCCGCCUUUUACUUCACUGACCAGCAGCUUUGCUUUUCCCAGCAACCCACCCCUUACCCCGACAGGGUCUCUGUUGCCCAUUGCGCCCACGACUUCAUCGGCCAUCUCUGCGCCUCAUGCCAGCUCCACCAGCACCGUCCUUCCGACGCUCAUUGCUUCAGCAGCUGCCCCAGUGCCACCCUUCCCCCUUAACCUCUGCAGUGCUGUCCCUUCCCUGUUUUCUGUGCCUCAGGUCCCUCUAGGCUCAUGCAGCUCAUCCUUCCCACCUUUCCCUGUCUCUAACACUCCCUCUGUCACUCCUGCUCUCCCUUCUUUCCCUGGGCUCCAGGCAUCUUCUACAGUAGCAGCAGUCGCCCCGCUGCCGGCAGCUGCCACAGCCCCAGCCCCAGCUCCAGUGCUGCCAGGGUUUGCCUCGGCCUUUAGCUCAAACUUCAACUCGGCACUCGUGGCCCAGGCUGGCCUGACCUCUGGCCUUCAAGCCCCUGGAAAUACAGUUUUCCCAGGACUCCUCUCUCUUCCUGGCAUCCCUGGACUUGGCCAGAGUGCCACACAAUCUUCCCUGCAGGAACUGCAGCAUACUGCAGCCGCUCAGUCAGCAUUGCUACAGGCCCAUUCAGCUUCUGCUCUUGAAAACUACACAUCUCAGCCUGAUGGUUUUACUACAUAUCCACCAGCGUCAGGAACACCAGGAGCACCUUUUACAUUGCAGGCUAGUCUGCCUCAGAGUGGAUGGCAAUAAAGAACUUCCGUUUCUCCUGCAGAGAGCCGUUUUUGAAGAAUGUUGUGGUAGCUUGGCAAAGCCACUGAUGAUGUUCCCAUUGAAGGCUUUGGAAAAUAUUUGCUUCAAUUUGUAGCACUGAAGAGGAAGAGAAGAAGGAUUCUAAGAAGCUGUUUCCAACACACUACACAACAAAAUGAACUCUGUUGCUUUUUAUCAGUAAAAACACUGGGUGUCCCUAAUUCAGUUCCCACUAGUAAAAAUUCAGGGUACUUGGAUCUUCACAUAACCCAGCCUAGGGGGUCAGUAUUUUUUUUAAAUAAGUGAUUUGGGGUAAAGAGUGUUACAUGAACUUUUGGGGACUAAUUUAAUGCCAUGUUUGAUAUGGUGUUUUUUUGCUAAAACGGAAGUUUAAAUCAAAGGCUCCCAGAAUGUCAGAUGCUCUCCUUUCUUCCCACCUCACGUUGCGUAUCAGAUUCCUCUGCUUUUCCCAGGCAAAAGGCAGUUUUCUUCUCAGUCUAUUCCAGUUCCCUGCCUUUCAUUUUUAAUGUUCUGGAUUGCCUUUCCAAUUCAUUUUUGCACAUAUGCGUCUAAAGAGCGAGCCAACAUGGUGUAGUGGUUAAGAGCAGAUGGACUCCAAUCUGGGGAACCAGGUUUGAUUCCCCCACUCUGCCACUUGAGUUGUGGAGGCUUAUCUGAUGAACUAGACUAGCCUGUGCACUC